UCACUAUUCACUUUGAUACCUCACCAUGCGUCCUCUUACUGCUGAAGAAACUACCACACUCUUCGAGAAACUUGCUAAAUACAUUGGCGCCAAUAUUAAGCACCUGAUCGAUCGACCCGAUGAGACAUACUGUUUCCGCCUUCACAAAGAUAAAGUCUAUUAUUUAAGUGAAUCCAUGAUGCGCAUGGCCGUGAGCAUCGGUCGUGAUCACUUGGGAUCGGUCGGUGUAUGCUUUGGCAAGUUCACAAAAACCGGCAAAUUCAAGUUGCACAUCACAGCAUUGGAUCAUUUAGCUCAAUACGCAAAGCACAAGAUCUGGAUCAAACCUAAUGGUGAAAUGCCGUACCUGUACGGUAAUCACGUUGUCAAGGCACAUUUAGGCAGAAUCACCGACGACACGCCCGAACAUACUGGUGUUAUCAUCUAUUCCAUGUCUGAUAUGCCUUUAGGAUUCGGUGUCACCGCUCGAUCCACGGUGGACAUGAAGAAACUCCAACCUACAGAUUUCAUUGUUUUCCAUCAAGCUGAUGUUGGCGAAUAUCUGCGCGAGGAAAACACUCUCUUCUAAUUUGUAUCAUAAAACAUGGAAAAGCAUGCAUCAUAUAAAUUCUAGUCAUUCAUUUUUUAGAUAAAAAGGUUCUCUACCUACCCCUUCUUUAUUAAUAGAGCAUGAUUGCGAGUAUAUUGACGACAACAGCGAGCGGCAGACACGGGAUGGAAGCGAAAAAAAAAAAAAAAAAAAUAUCAUAC